GGGAGGCAUCCGGACGCAAACAAAUAUUCACUGCUUAGAUGUGUGCUGUGCUGUGAGGUAGCCCUGGAAUGACAGGAGAAUUUGGCAGGCGAGCCGUGGACAACAUUCGUAACCAUGUGGCUUAAACCCGAAGAGAUAUUGCUGAAAAACGCCUUUAAAUUGUGGGUCACGGAGAAGGAUAAUGAAUAUUUCGUGCUCCAGAGAAGGCGAGGAUAUGGUGAAGGUGGAGGCGGCUUGACAGGUCUCCUUGUGGGAACGCUGGACACCGUGCUGGACUCCACAUCCAAAGUAGCUCCUUUUCGCAUUCUGCACCACACACCUGACUCACAAGUGUAUUGGUCCAUUGCAUGCGGCGUCACUAAGGAGGAGAUUGUCCAGCACUGGGAUUGGCUGCAGCAGAAUAUCAUGAAGACGCUGUCUGUUUUCGACUCCAGCGAGGACAUCACCAGCUUUGUACAGGGCAAGAUCAGAGGUCUGAUUGCUGAAGAAGGGAAGACGUCCCAUGUGCUGGAGGAUGAUCCAGAGAAGUUCAGAGAGGCAUACUUGAGAUUUGAGAAUUGGUUUGCCUUGCCAGCGGAGGAAAAGCUGGUCACAUAUUACUCGUGCAGUUACUGGAAGGGCAAAGUGCCUUGUCAGGGUUGGCUGUACCUCAGCACCAACUUCCUCUGCUUCUAUUCCUACCUGCUGGGAGCUGAGGUGAAACUGAUCAUCUCCUGGGAUGAGAUCUGGAGGCUGGAGAAAACAUCAAAUGUCAUCCUGACAGAGAGCAUCCACGUCGUGGCUCAUGGGGAGGAUCACUAUUUCUCCAUGUUGCUGCACCUUAACGAAACCUUUGUCAUCAUGGAGCAGCUAGCUGACUACUCCAUCAAGCGCCUUUUUGAUAAAGAGGCCUUUGAGAGAGAGAGAGCACUCUCGGACCCCCUGCAAAUUACCAAAAGAGGCCUCGAAGCGCACGCAAAGAGUGAGCAGUUCCGGACAUUUUUCAGGCUUCCCAGAGAAGAAAAUCUGUUAGAAGUGCACGAGAGUUUCCUGUGGGUGCCUUUCAGCCAUUUAAAUACACUUGGCAAGAUCUGUCUGUCUGAGAGCUACUUAUGUUUCGCCAGCCAGGAUGGGAGCCAGUGUCACAUCAUUAUUCCAAUGCGUGAGGUCGUAAGUGUCGAAAAGCCUGAUUCUAGCAGCCGGGCUUUAACGGUGUGUGUGCGCGGGAAAAGGGCGCUGCGUUUCACCGAGGUGCGGGACUACCAGCGUCUGGCGACCACGCUCCGAAGCAGGUGUGGGAUCACUGCCAGCCCUCAGCACUCCGCUUCAGCUGAGAUCAUACAGGGCGAAUGUCAAUCGCUCAUCAACCACUUUGAGGACAACCCAGAGGACGUGACUCUCAUGGUGGGCCAGAAAGACAGCAGCAAGGCAGUGAGCACUGAGGCUCUCAUGACAGUUUUUCACCCUCAGGAUGUUGAAAACCUCGACCCCAAAAUGCUUAAAGAGAAGAUGAAGGAGCAGUCUUGGAACAUCCAUUUUUCGGAAUAUGGACGUGGCACAAGUAUGUUCUUUACCAAAAAGACACGUGACUUGAUCGUCCGUGGUGUCCCAGAGGCCUUGAGAGGAGAGCUGUGGAUGCUUUUUUCAGGAGCUGUAAACGACAUGGCGACCCACCCCGGCUAUUACACAGAGCUGGUGGAACAGUCUCUGGGGACAAGCACGUUAGCGACAGACGAGAUUGAGAGGGACCUUCAUCGUUCUCUACCCGAGCAUCCUGCCUUUCAGAGUGACACUGGAAUAUCCGCUCUUCGCAGAGUCCUCACUGCGUAUGCCUGCAGAAACCCUAAAAUUGGUUACUGCCAGGCCAUGAACAUUCUCACCUCUGUGUUGCUGCUCUACGCCAAAGAGGAGGAGGCCUUCUGGCUUUUAGUGGCCGUUUGUGAAAGGAUGUUGCCAGAUUAUUUCAACAGGCGAAUUAUAGGUGCUUUGGUGGACCAGGCUGUCUUUGAAGAUCUGAUUCGUGAGAACCUCCCCCAGCUGGUAGAGAACAUGACAGACCUGAGUUUCUUCUCAUCUGUAUCCUUGUCCUGGUUUCUGACGCUCUUCAUCAGCGUACUGCCCAUCGAAAGUGCUGUGAACGUGGUGGACUGCUUUUUCUACGACGGCAUCAAAGCAAUCUUGCAGCUCGGCCUGGCCGUGCUCAACUCCAACAUGGAGGCUCUGAUCAGUUGCCACGAUGAUGCAGAGGCUGUCACCAUCCUCAACAAAUUUUUUGACAGCGUGACAAACAAAGACAGCCCGUUACCGCCAACAGUGCAGCAAGCCCCCGUGGGCAACAACGAUAAAUCAUCUCACUUCAACGUGGACAUCAGUGAACUGAUCCGAGAAGCCUACGAGAAAUAUGGCAGCAUUCGCUCAGAGGAAGUGGAGAGUUCACGAAAGAGAAACAGGCUGUUUGUGAUCCAGACACUGGAGGACACAACCAAGCAAAAUGUUAUUCGCGUGGUAUCCCAAGAAGUCAAAUUCUCCCCAGCCCAGCUUGAUGAACUCUACAAUCUGUUCAAAAGGCAGCAUUUUCUCAGCUGCUACUGGACCAUGAAAAGUCCCGCACUGCUCCAUCAUGACCCGAGUCUGGCCUACCUUGAGCAGUACCAGCUGGGCUUUCAACAGUUCGCUGUAAUCUUCCCCCUGCUGGAGCCUUGGACCUUUUGCACCAACAAGAGCAAUCUUUCGCUUUGGGUUUUCCGCCUAAUCGACGAGAACCAGGAUGGCUUAGUCAACUUCAAAGAGUUCUGUUGUGCCCUUGAUACUUUGUACUGCGGGUCCUUCACAAACAAGCUUAAAUUCCUCUUCAAACUGCAUCUGCCGCCAGCCUUCACAGGUAGUCCUUUGCACGCACAAGAACCAAGACUCCCAAACUUUUUUCCAGCGAUUGAAGACUCACCUCACUUGACUAGACUUCCUGAAUUUGCUCUUCCAGAAGAUGGUGUGAUUAAGAAAAGUCCUGAGAGAGGUAGAGGAAAAGUGGAUCUCCAGGCAUACCUGAAACAAUGGCAGAAUGAAAUACUUAGGAAAGAGGAAACCAUCAAGGACCUUCCUAGAAUCAAUCAGGCUCAAUUCAUUCAGUUCUCCAAGACCUUGUAUAACAUCUUUCACGGCGACCCAGAGGAGGAGUCCUUAUACCGCGCUGUGGCCCACGUCACCAGCCUCCUCCUGAGGAUGGAGGAGGUGGGCCGCAGGCUGCAGGAGCCCAAAAGCCUGGCCUCGCCCUCAAAGCCCGCGGGUGACGCUCCUCCAACCGCCGAAAGCUCGGACACCUCCAGCCCCCAGGAGGCGGCUCCCCGGCUCGCAGAGACGGAGUGGUCCUUUUCAUUCGAGCAAGUCCUGGCGUCGCUGCUCAACGAGCCGACAAUAGUUAGCUUCUUUGACAGACAUGUUGACAUUCAAAGUAAAGUGACGCAAGCCCAAGUGGCCCAGCUGAAGCUAACAGGAAAUAACAAGUGAGUGAACGCAUAAUUCAAUCAUUGGAAAAAGUCUCUUUUUUUCUUUUUUUUAAAUUAAUUGCUGACCUUUGAGCAGAAGAUAGCAGUUUAGAGUAGAAUAGGCAGAUGAAGGGAAGGGCAAAAAGGGCUGACAUGCAGAUAAGGAACAUGCACACAGGAAGCACCUUAUCAAUUCUUACAUUCUCGUCCCACUAUUUACUCAUCUGUCAAUCAACAGUAUUCCACUCACUAUGUUGAGUUUUAGCUCCAUGAUGCUGCGCUUCUGUGUUGCACCCAUGCAGCCCCCUACAUUAUUAAAAUGUAUUCUAUAAAACACAUAAAUUACAGUUCGCUGUACAAUAUUCAAAAGCCUGAUGGAUGAGGUUGUCCUUAUACCAGCCGAGGCCACCAUUGUACUGUAAAUGUCAUGUAUACAGUGCGUGGCUGCGUGCUGAUGUGUGUUGUCCGGUGAGCCCGCAUCUUCUAAUUUGUUCAAAUUGUGCAGUAAGUCAGGCUAAGCACUGAGAAUGAUGUUUCUUAAUUUGUAACACCAGCUCACACACAGUAUUGCUAGUACCAGCGCACCUGCACCACCAGUCCAAUGUUGACGUAGAUCAAUAUGUAAUACGGCGACGGAAGGUUUAUAAAGGCCACUGAAGGAUACUUUACUUUAAUCAAAUCUCAGGGUGCAAUUUGCAUAUGUGUAAUUGUUGUUUUAUCCUGAGAAGUGUAGUUUGAGGUAUAUGACUGAGUUGUGUAACGCUCAAUGUGGAGCAUGUGGAGCAGUUCUCACAUUGUCACGCUAUAGCCUUCAGCAACAUGCAAAGGCUGCUUACGCUCACUUUAUUUGCAGCUACUUAUGCUCACUUUAUUUGCAGCUACUUAUUCUACAUUAUGCCUUCUUCUGAAUCUCUUGGAGUCAAAAAGAGACAUUUAACCCUCAGGGGACAAAGCCAGACUUUUUUUGUCCUUUCAGUAAGUUUUUGUUGUAUUUUGGCCACAUUUUUUUCUGUUCAAUUUUAACAUGUCUAUGUCCAGUUCUUUCACAAGUGUACAAUACACUGACAGUUAUUAGACAAUACCCCAAAGCCAAACUGGACAUAUAAGUAGGCGGUUUUCGUGUAAACGUAUGUGAUCGCCUUUUAAAGCCGAUAACAAACACCGAUCCCCUCCGGCUUACAUUGUAUUUAUUUUAAGUUUCCAGGCUGACAAGCGGCUAGCAGCUAAUAAAGUGUCUCCAUACACAAAAAAUAAACUGCAUUUCUUAAUAUCCUAAGUAUCAUUAUCAAGUAUCGUUUAUCCCUGGAGUACCAGCCUAAACAUGUUAAACACCGAAAGCAAUCUAGGAGCAGGCAUGCUAAUAGCUAAGCUAACCACUAAGCUGUUUUUUAAACAACACAAAAAAUACUUAGUACUUUGUAAAGUUUAAGACAGGGGUCCCCAAACUGUUUGACUCAGGGGCUGCAUUGGGUUAAAAAAAUGUGUGUGUGUGUGUAUAUAUAUAUAUAUAUAUAUAUAUUUUUCUCGUGCACUAAUUGACUGAAAGAGAGCGCACUUGCCGCGUGCUCGUCCGACACUGCGGCGCGAGCGUGUUGAUGUCACGUUAUCGAUGGCAAAAGGCAUUUUUAGACAUUUUGAUUUGCCUGAGCAGCUAGGAGACACCAAGAAUAACAAGCGGUUGCAAAUGGAUUAGAAAGGACAGAUUUAAAAAAAAAAAAAAAAAAAUUAUUUAAGCUUGGCACUCAGCAUCAACUGUUCAAAUUAAAUGGUAAUGAUAAAUGGGUUAUACUUGUAUAGCGCUUUUCUACCUUCAAGGUACUCAAAGCGCUUUGACACUAUUUCUACAUUCACCCAUUCACACACUGAUGGCAGGAGCUGCCAUGCAAGGCCCUAACCACGACCCAUCAGGAGCAAGGGUGAAGUGUCUUGCUCAAGGACACAACGGACGUGACGCGGUUGUUAGAAGGUGGGGAUUGAACCAGGAACCCUCAGGUUGCUGGCAUGGCCACUCUCCCAACCUCGCCACGCCAUCCCCAAAAAUUGGGGGUUAAAUCACCAAAAAUGAUUCCCGGGCGCGGCACCGCUGCUGCCCACUGCUCCCCUCAACUCCCAUGGGGUGAACAAGGGGAUGGGUCAAAUGCAGAGGACACAUUUCACCACACCUAGUGUGUGUGUGACAAUCAUUGGUACUUUAACUUAACUUUUCCCGCGGGCUGGAUUUCGGACGCUGGUGGGCCGUAUUGGGCCCGCAGGCCGUAGUUUGGGGACCCCUGGUUUAAGAAGAGUAGCUGGAACCACUUUACAGCAGAAAAUAAGCAGAUAUGAACAAGUAGUUAAGAGUCUAGAGUGAGGAUAAUAUAACAGCUGUUAAUGUGUCAGCAUUGUCACAGUCUGUACACGACACGAAAGAGGUCAGAUUUUUCCAUAAAUUGGUGAUGUCGAUACCAAUGGUAAUAGCAGUAUAGAGUCGAUACUAGAGCGACAAGGGCGAUAUUUUUAUUUUCUCAAAAUAAUUUUUGUCUUUUUUUAAUGUUUACACACUCAGGGAAAAAUUCCCCGAACACAGUUAGUUUUUGCUGUUGUUUAGUUGUUGUGUACUUUUGACUUUGUUUUGAUCAAACAAUGUUGUUUAAUAAAAGAGAAUAAAGAACUACUUUAAAUAUUGUGUUAAUAUUGUUAAACUGUCAAUAGCACUCACUAUGAAUGCAUUGAAAAAAUGUACAGUUAAUACAUGUGAUCGGCAUUGGUAUUGGCUGAUCCUGCUCAAGGGUUAGGGUUAGUAGUAGGGGUUAGUAUCAGAAUUGGCAGCAUAGAACCCUGAUGAGAACACCCCUACAUAUAACCCUAAUAAAAGUAUAAAAAAAAAUAGUUUGGAUACUUUUUUUUAUUUUAUUUUAUUUUUUACUUUUUUUGUUUAAAUCUCUGUAUCAAUUUCUUCUUUAAACAAAACUCAAGAAAUUAACCCUUUGAUUGCCUUGUGAUCAAAUGAUGUCACAGUUGACAAUUAGUAUAUAUUUGCAAAACAUAAGUUCUUAUACUAAGUUAAACCUGUGACACUAUCUAAUGAAAAUUUAAAAAAAUACAUGUUAGAUAUUUUUGUGUAGGACUCAAGUUUAUUGAAAUUUUUGUGCAAAAAAAAAAUCCAAAUCCAAAAUGUUUUUAUGCCCUUUUUUGUACCGUUUGCCUUUGAAUAUAAUUACAUUUGAAUGUCCCCAGAGGGUUAAAAGCUUUAUUAAUUUUGUGUUGGAAAAUACUGUUCUCAAAGCUUCAUAUAUAUAUUUUGUAAUUUUUCAUAGCAUAGAGUAUUUAUAGUCAGUGCUGCAAUUGCGAGUGAUACAAACCAGCAUCAUCCAUUAAAAUGAAUGAUUCAUAUUUGUAAAUGUUUACAUGUAUAAUGUAAAAAACAUGGCGGUACUUCAGUUUUCAUUUGUAAUCUGUUCCAGACAUUCCACAAUAAAACAUUUUAUAUUGAACAAUUAUAGUUUUACAUGCAGAAAGCAAUGCAAAAAUGACAAACAAAUAUUUGACAUUACUUUUAACUUAAUUAAAGACUAUUGUUAUCAAAGUGCUCUCACUUUCAACUUUAUUUGGCCCCAUGGUGGCCUAUUUGGUUGUAUUAAAAGAAAGAACAGAGGGAUUAAGUCGUGUUUGGGCACUUGAUUCUGUGGAAUGAUACUUGACGAGAUUAUUACCUGAAUAUUCAUUUGUACGAUAACCGAGACGGUAUACAAAAUACGUGGCUAUAUUUUAGCAAAAUCUUUAGUCAAAAAGAAUCGUAUGAAAACUGAGGUACUGUUGUAAAAGAACAUCACAUAAAGCCAUAGAACCCAGGCCUCUAUAUUAAAAAAAAAAUGUAGCUGUUUUUUCAUUAUUCCAGUAUGAUUGCUUCUCUGAUGCAUUUAAAUAGAAGACUAUACAGAACAUAUAUUGACUAUAUUGCACAGAUAUACAUCACAGUAAAUGUGUUUCAAAAUGACUAUUGUGUAUAUAUGUAUGCUGUAUCUACAUUGUUAAUUGUCCAUGAUAAUAAUGAUUUAUUGUUUUUUGCAAAUGUACUUCAUCUUCAAAUCAAAACCAACAAUUUCAAAGUAAGGCUGCCACGUGAGGACUUGACAUUUUCCAUUCAGCUAAUUGCCAUCUCGCACAUUUCACAAAAACCUUUUUAGUUUGUUUGACUUCAGAGAAAUCAGUUUAUUCAAUCGGGCUUUGAUUCCUACAAAAUUGCACUUCACAUGACUGUUUUUGUGGUUUUUUGGGUAAAAAAGAUGACUCUACUUAAGUGCAAUGAUGAAAGUGUUGAUCUUUCUUAAUGGGGUAACGUUUUUAUGUAUGAAAUUAUCAGCUUCAUGUGUGACUUGCUGAUACUUCUGUUGCUUGAUGAUGGUUUUUUUUUCCAUUGUUGUUCAAAGUACAUCAGAAUAAAGAAUUGCCAUUCUUAAAUUA